GAAGAAUGAAGUUUUACUUCGAAGCAGAGAAGUUCUUGACACUUCCAAAGGACAAGAAUGGAAGUUUGAAGACCAGAAUAUUCAAUAGCCCCAAGCUAACCAGCUCCCUUAAACACAUAUAUGCCGUGGUUUACCAAACGUUGAAAUAUAAGACUUAUAUAAUGGAAAUAAUCAAAAAGUCCAAAAUAAAGACAGGCUUGCAAACCAAGAGGCUCAAGAUAACAGAUAACCUACUCAUGUUGUUGGUGCAUGACCUAUUGUUUUCUUCUAAAGGAAGAAUUCAACUGGGGAAGCAUCCGAUCAAAGAUGCAUUUCUUCAACACAAGACUAGAUUACAAGCUGAAUUCACUAAGUUGAAAUUAAAGCAUAAGGUUAAGAGUGCUGAAGGGUUACCUACGAAAGGGGGUGUCGAUGAAGACGAGACACCAGUUCGUUGGUGUCGUAUCAACACCAUUAAAAUAAGCCCGCAUGAAUUUCACGAAAAACAUUCAGUUUUCACGAAUUUGCAGCCGGUUGGCUCUUUAGAGGAAUUAACCCAGACAGGUUUAGUAUAUAAUGACCAAUACAUUCCAAACCUAUUUGGUAUUCAUCCUAGGGAAAAAAUCACUUCAACCAAAGCAUACCUAGACGGUGAAGUAAUAAUUCAAGAUCGUGCUUCCUGUUUUCCAGCCGUGAUUUUGAAUAACGAUCCCAAAGAUAUCCAUCAUGAGAUUAUUGAUGCUUGUGCAGCCCCUGGAAAUAAAACCACUCAUUCUGCAAGUUUCAUUCCAUCAGACGAUCCGAAUGGGGUUGUUUACGCAUUUGAAAGAGAUCAAAGACGACUGAAAAUUUUAAGUAUGAUGUGUGAAAAGGCAACUGGAAAAUCUAAACAGAACCUAAUUCAAGUCACUCACGCUGACUUUACGACAACAAAGCCGACAGAUUUCCCUGAUGUAACUGGGCUUGUGGUUGAUCCUUCAUGUAGUGGGUCCGGUAUAUUUGGGCGUGCAAUCGAAGACAGCCAAGAAGAACAUGAUGGAUCUGAAGAACGGAUCGACAAUGAAAGAUUGAAUAAGUUGGCUUCAUUUCAAUUCACCAUUAUGAAACAUGCUUUAUCAUUUCCAAAAGCUAGAAAAGUUGUAUAUUCCACAUGUUCUAUCCACCCACAUGAAAAUGAAAGGGUGGUUGUUGAUUUAUUAAUGGAUGCUCAAAUUAAAGCUCAAGGUUGGACCUUAGCCUCCAGAGAAAUAGUGAUACCGUCCUGGGAAAGAAGAGGCUGGGAAGAAGAAUUCACUGCUAUUUGUGAAGGAGACAAGAAUAAAUGUACCGAAUUGGCUGGCGGGUGUGUUAGAGCAGUACCAAAAGAAGAUGGUGGUAUUGGUUUUUUUGCAGCUUGUUUUGUUAAAAAAGGGAACAAAAGCAAAGAAACAGAUGAAGAAGCAAGUGAAGAAGCAGCCGAAGAGUGGUCCGGGUUCGAUUAAAUCAUCUAAAAAAUUAUAUUUAUAGAUUCUUUUAUUACUUUAUAGACAUUCUUGUAUAUACAAGUUAUUU